ACGUACGAGGGUCCCAUGCAACAACUUUUUACUAUCACUCAUUCUAGUCUCAACCACCCAACAACUUACAGACUACCUUUCAUUAGUCUUCACCUUCCCUUCUGCUUUAUAUAUCUUGGCUCAUCUUACACAGAUACCCAUAUCACAGCCAUGGAUUGGUUUGCUUGGUUAUCCAAAACUGGCCUCGAGCCUUCGCUUGUGUACGAGUAUGGCCUUGCUUUUGCUCACAAUGAGCUCGAAGAGGAGGAUAUAACUUACUUCAACCACGAGUUUUUGCAGAGCAUGGGCAUCUCCAUCGCCAAGCAUAGGCUAGAGAUACUCAAGCUUGCUAAGAAGGAGAAGGGAGGAAGCCCGCAUCUUGUGUCAAGGUUUCUAGCAGCAAUCAAGAAAACCAAGAGGCGUCUUUCCAAUUACAUUCGCACUUGGGCUCAUCGCGAUGAGUCUGCACUAGUUGUAGUGCCACAGCCUGCUUAUGGUAAGAGGUGGAAGGGAGCCAUGUUGAAGAGGAAUAAGAGGACGAUGACGCUCAAGCAAGGAAGGUUGAUGUCGCUCAAGCCAGCACCUUUGAUGCUCACAAAUGGAAAUUCAAAAGAUGCAGCAGGUCCUCCCAUUGAUAAAGGGGCAAAGGCUCCUGUUCACAAUCUAGGCAAUGAGGAGAAGGUAGGUGAUGACGGUUACUGGUCGACAGCAGUCCAGAUCAGGUGGGAUACAAUGUUUCAGGAUUUGAAGCCCACAUGAAGUUCUCCUCCUUUGCCCUCCUCUGUUCAAAUGGUGAGAGAUGGUUUUUUGGUUCUACCACCAGAAGAUUUUUGGCUUGUGUGUAAGACUUCUUGCUUUUUUUUUUUUUUUAAUCCUUAUAUGAUGGGUCGAGUAAAGCUAAAGACCCACUUGAGCACCGCCAAGGGUCUGUGUGCGUAUGUCACGAGUGUCCACUAAAGUAUUUCUUUUUUUCUUUUACUUUUUUCAUGAAAUUGGCAGCAAGACCAAAAUUUUGGUUUGCAAUUGAAAUUAUUAAUAAGACAUGUGCUACUUUACUAACAAA